AUGUGGAAUGUUACAAUUCCUGCACCUGCAACUCCUGCUCCGACAAGGAAAGGUGCAGUUGCACCUCCUUGCGCCUAUGUAGGUCCGCCUUUGCUAGGGACGGAUCUAGGAUUCCAAAAUGGGGUUGGCUUUAUUUACCUGACGUACAAACCUACUAAGAAGAUAGAAAACGAUGAUACGAGUGAAUUUCGUUGA